AUGUCUGCCUCUACCCCUCGCACCUCGCUGCGACGUAAGACUACCAUCUCUCAACCGACAGGUGUGGUACCUAUGCUGACGCCACCCACAGAGGGCUUACGCCAUGCUCCAAAAGUCAACCAACCCUUCAUCCCCGAUACAACCCCUGCCCGUCGAUCACACAUCCAUCAUGGACUCACCUCACCACAACCACCAGCUAGCCCCCAUCAUGUAAACGUCAAUCCGGCGGCCAAUCCCCAAAGCGCGCAGUUCACGGUCGAUAGCUGGGAAGGGAAAGACAAUCGACAGGUUCCCAUGUCGACGAGGGAAGUCCCAACCCCAGGGAACCGACCGACCAUAUUUUCCCAUCUGCGUGACCCUUCGAAAAUGCCCCGGCAAUUGGAUUAUUACGACCCUUAUUUCCCACUGAGAUAUCUCGAGGUUCCAAGGACGGAUCACAUCUACAAACGUGCCCACUACGGUCUGCAGUCAGGUAUUCCGGACGAAGUCGACUUUGCGCUGUACCACCUGGUACAAAUUUCAAAUCAACGAUGGGAUAAAUUCAAAUUCGAAGGAUUUCCCUUGCUUGCGGAAACUUUGAUGCAGAAAGCACUUGACAUCACACAACUCUGCACGGGGGUGAAGUGGGAAUUCCAGUAUGAUCCUCGGAAGCCGACUGACCGUGUCAACGUGCUCAAUUCGUUACAUGGCACCCGGGAUAUCCUGGACAAAAUUAGCAAAAUCCCAGUGAACCUCCCGGACGACAGCCUUGAGACUUACGACUUCAAUCAUCGACUGAGAAACAUCAAAGAGGCCACGUUAGUGUUGCGAAACAUGGUGCUCCUGAAGGAGAACGCGUUUUAUGUGUCGCGUUAUGCAAAUGGUCUACUACGGGACUUUUUGGUUAUUUUGAUCAAUGCUCCCAAUCAGCCUCGACUGAAUGAAAUCAAAAAUGAUGCACUAGAUAUCGCCGAGGAGGUUACCAAGUUCUUGCGAACUGAUCCUGAAGAUCCAUUGUGGAUUUCUUUGGUGAAUUGCCUUGACUCCCCAGACCGCGCCCAUGUCGUGCGGUCCCUGUGGGCCUUGACACAUUUCGGCACUGAGCUAGACGAUGCGGAUGCAAACCGGGCCAUGGAGACCCUGACCAAACCGACUCUCCAGCAGAUGUAUUAUCACACGCUUCUUGACCUCGACAAGGAUAUUCUGAGUGGUGCAUUGGACUUCUGGUAUCAAUACACGCUCAGUCAUGACAAUAUCGAGACAUUGAUGGAUGUCCUCAAUUUCCCAAUCGUCUUUGUUCCUCGCAUGGUCGCACUUCUCACCUAUGAAGCACGGCCUACCAAAAAGGAAACCGUUCUUCAGGAAGAGAAGGUCGCACCUCCACCCACUGACAUCCCUCGUGUAUCCCCCGAGCUUCUGGAAAAGCUCAUGGAACUCUCCGAGCCGGAACGAAGCUCCCAAUGGCUACGUUGCUGCUUCAUUGAGGAUGCAGAAUGCGAGAUCACACAGAUCGCUUUAUGGCAAGCCUACCAAAGCCGGUUUGCAGAUCCCCGUGUCAUCAAUGGCCCUGGCACUGCCACCAAAUUCAUUAUCAAGGGCAUUCGACCUUUAGAAACCGCCCACACAUUUGAAGGCUUCCCUUACUCCUACUGCAGAUGGGCGGACAAUUCAAAGCCUUCAAAGAUGUGCCAGCGUGCAUUCACAUCUCCGACAGAUCUCCGGAACCACGUUUUCGGCGACCACAUGAACCUGGAACCCACAGACACUCCCGGCCAGUAUAAGCUUGAUCCCGCAGAGUCUCCCAUCCACACGUGUCAAUGGGACCACUGUGUACGGUUCCGAGCCUCUGGGCCCAGCGCCAACACAUCCAUGGUCGCUGGCCACGUUUCGUCCCAUUUGCCCGAAGAUCGCCCUGCAGGCGCACAGCCCGCGAGCGCCAAACGUGCGGUUCUCCAAGAGCGCAUCGUCCGCAAAUGGUACUAUAUGGAUACUCCGAUCAAUGAAAAGGGCGAGCCAUUCGGCGUGGCCUAUAAAGCUGCAUUGGUGCUGCGCAACAUCGCCCGAGGCCUGCCGAAUCGGACCACGUCUAAAUACGGUGGACUUCCCUGGAAGAAGGCGUGCUUCACGAGCCAGCGCCCCAAGAUCGUCGAAGUCUGGGACCGAAAUCGUGCGCUGCGCAAGGAGCUUACCGAGUUAAUCAUGGUGAUCGAGAAAGAGGUAGACUAUUAA